AUGAAUGUCACUGGAUUCAAAGAAGCCAUUCUGAAAUCCAAAAGAUAUGAUGUUAUCUUCAAGCUAAAUUGUCUUUCUUUGUUUGUGAAUACGUUUUUUGAAUCACAUUCUUAUGGGACGUGCAACAUAGAUCCUGUUAGAAGAGUAGUUAGAGUUGAAGACAUCUCAUGCAUUAAUUGGUGUGCGUACUUAAAUUACUGUCUGAAGAAUACAAGAUCUCUAUGGCAUCAAGAUAAAAAGAAAUGCUAUUAUAAUGGGCCAGUGUUGUUAUUGAUGGUUGUUUUCCUAAUAAAUAAUGGUGACCAUAUGUAUGUUGUUGUUUUCAACCUAACAUAUCCACAAGUUCAUAUUAUAGACAACAUAAAAACAAAAAUUGUUAGAAGAAACGUAUGGAGUUACACCUACAUCAUUAAAAUUGUACUUCAUACGAUAUCUGGAGAAAACUACAUUUAUCGUCAAAAAAAUCAAAGGUUUGCUAUCAACAAUAGUGAAGAUGAUGAAAAUUGACUGGAACACAAAGAAGUUGACAACAGAGAAUAGAGCAUUUUUAAUGAGACAUAUGGAAAAUUAUUGUGGAGAAAAGUAAGGAAAGUGG